UUCCAGCCGAAUUUUCCCCCUGAAAGCUUGAUCACCACCAUCUAGCACAAGCUCCUCGUGAAGUCCGAUUGCUCGCCCACCCUAUUCCAGCGAGGCCACCUCCGGUUUGCAGCUACGAAGGUGCCGCCGCACUUGCCACGCGUGGGAGUCUGACUACCCGACGCGCUCUGCCAGAUACGAUCCUCCCGCGCUUGAUACAACGGACUCCUGCGCAGACGGGCUAUUCAAUCACCGGCAAAAACAAGAACCCCCCUCGAGCCGUACCUAUAUAAAACAAAACACGGACCCCAAUAUGGGCUCGGACGACGAGCGCCGCGUCCACCGUGCGCGGCGCAGCCGCCUCGACGACGACGGAAGAGACGAAGAAAGACGGCGCAGAGACCCCGCAGACCGCGAAAGCCACCGGCGCAGGCGAAGCAAAGACCGAGACCAUGGGCGCGAACGCGGACAUGAACGCGGCUCCGACAGACACAGAGAAAAUCGGGUGUCUCGAUCACGGGAGCGUCGCGAGAGACGUCGCUCGCGCACCCCCGACCCUUCUUCACGGCAGCGCCCCCGCUCCCGUUCACGAGACCGCUCACGAGACCGCGACAGAGAACGGCGCAGACGACGAUCUCCCGACGCGGACGGCGAUGCCGGCGGAAAAGAGCUAACCCGUCACCAUCGUCGCCGCCGCCACCGCGAAUCCUCCGUCUCCGACUCGGGGUCCGACGCCGCCAAACGCAAACGGCCCGCCCCCGCCAGCCCCCUCCGCCGCGCGGGGCCCCUCCCGGACCAGAACGCCUCUUUCGCAGUCUCCAACGGCGAGGAGCCCGAGAAGCCCAAAGAAAAGCCGAACCUCCGCACGACGGGCCUCCUCGCGGCGGCCUCUAACUCGGUGCAGCAGGCCGACGGCACCUCCAUCGUGCUGAAAUAUCACGAGCCCGCCGAGGCGCGGAAGCCGCCGGCAAAGGACCAGUGGAGGCUCUUCAUCUUCAAGGGGACCGAGAUUGUCGACACGGUGGACCUGAGCGCGCGGAGCUGCUGGCUCGUCGGGCGCGAGGCGGCGGUCGUGGACCUCAUGGCGGAACACCCGAGCAUCAGCAAGCAGCACGCCGUGAUCCAGUUCCGGCACGUCGAGAAGAGGAACGAGUUCGGCGACCGCAUCGGCAAGGUCAAGCCGUACCUGAUCGACCUGGAGAGCGCCAAUGGGACGGUGCUGAACGGGGACAAGGUUGCGGAUAGUCGGUACUACGAGUUGAGGGAUAAGGACAUGGUCAAGCUGGGACACAGCACGCGGGAGUACGUCAUCAUGCUGGCGCCAAAGGAAUAGAUCAGGUCGCGAGGGUUGUUCGGCCCAGGAAGUGCGUGGCAUUACCUUGCAAACAACCGGUUUACGCCAAACACUCGUUUUCGAGAUCGCACGAGGGGGAAGCCCAUUUCGGAAUAGGCCGAAACAGAAUCAACGAGCAAAAGAACGCCACAUGACUACUACUAAUACUAUUACUACUAUGCGCUGUUAUUCCACGAGAACAAUGCAAAAGAAUACGCUAAGCCUCCGAAAACGACUUUUUCCUGUACAAAUCAGACGCGCCAACUCUACCAUGUUCUGUCUUGAUGUAUUUGAACGCCGAGCCCCCUUCCCCCGCUGUGGUUUUGCUUGUGUGCCGACCCUCUCGAAAGAACACACUUUAAAGCGCGAACCACCAGUCACUCUUUUCUCAUCUGUUCCGAACUGGCCCCCAGUCUAAUGUAUGCUGGUUCUGGAGAUGACUCGCCACCGCCAUUGGCCCUCACUUGGCGCGAAAACUCGACUGCUUCGUCGGACCUUCGAUGAAUGGGGUUCCCAUCU